CUCUUUGGGUCUGUUUCUUUAUAAACCUGCCUCUCGUUCUUGUUUUGGCCACGUUUGAGUUCCGUUGGCGUUCUUGUAAAAGACAUGUCUCUUCUGAUAUCCUGAUUCACUGCCUUCGAUUUCAAUUGGCGUAUACCUACCUCUGUGCAUCUCCAGCUUCUGACGCUGCAAUGGAAGAGAAAGCAAAGAAAGAGUAUGAAGCAAGAGCCCAGAAAGUGCGAGCUGAUCUGAAGCAAUGGGAGGGAGACUGGGCAAAGACUCAUGGCGGGAAGAAGCCAGGCAGAGAGGACAUCAAGAAUAACCCGGAUAUAGCCCAGAAGUAUAAAGACUAUAACAAGCUUCGCGAUAUAAUAACUGGAAAGCUGGCUCCUCUCUCAGACGCCUCCGCCCCCAAAAGCAAGCAUGACAAGCGUAAAGCAGCUCACGUAUCGGCGGCCGAGACUCCAAUGAAGCGAGCAAAACAUGCCGAGACACCUUCGAAACGACUGGCCCCGAGCGGCGACGAAUAUAUGAAUAGCCCGGCUAUUUCCAGGAAGCUCUUUAGCCCUGCACCUGUGACAGCCAUUGGCCCGACACCUCAGCGGGACGGGAAAGUCCUUGGGCUGUUUGAUCUGUUGGUGGAAAAAGAGUUCAAGAGUCCGUUGAAGGGGGUGAAGGAGAUCGGUCGCCCUGCUAGUUCCCAUGCAACUCCUAGCAAGCGCAAAAGCAACUUAAGCGAAGAUGCUAUAGUCAAACUAGGACUUACUCCAAGCUCUGCCAGCAAACGAAAGCUGUUUUCGACACCAAUGAAGAAGAGGGAAGGACAGAAUAUGGCCGGAACGCCCACGUCCGUAUCCAAGCUCCAGUUUGAUACCCCUGCAUUUCUAAAGAGGCAUUCACUUCCAACACUAGACGAAAACACAACAUUUGAUGCUCCACCUCUAAGGCUGCCGCGAAAGCCUCUGGUUCGUGGCUUGAGCGAAAUCGUAGCCAGUCUUCGAAAGGUCGAGGAGGAACAGCUGGAUGAUGACCUUGAGGCGCUGCGCGCAGUCGAGGCCGAAAUGGAAUCUGGUGGCCCUCCUCCGCCCAUGAUCAAGAUACAAAAGCCGGAGCCGAAGCAAGACAUUUUGGAGCCAGAUAGCCAGGCUAAACAGCUGCCUUUAGGUGGAUUCGACGAUGAGGGGUUGUAUGACAGCCCUACAGAAGAUGCUGUGGAUCGUGACGGACAACCAAUGAGGGUGUUUAAGAAGAAGGGGCAGAAGAGAACAACACGACGAGUAAACAUGCGGCCGGUUCGAACUAAGCGACCAACAAACCUGGCUGAGAAGAACGGGAGUGAUGAAGAUGAAGAUGAAGAUGGUCAAGAUACCAUUCCAGAUACCCAAGCUCAUGUUGACAAAUCAGAUGUCGCAGGCGAGUCUGAUGGCGAGUUUGAAGAUGACCAUGAUACCCAGGAUGCGAAGACUGAGAAGAAGCCCGCCAAGGAAGAAGGGGUGGUAAAGAAGGCAGCCCGCAAAGUGAACCAGCUGGCACAUGCAAACUUCCAACGGCUGAAGCUGCGGAACAAUGGUGCCAAAGGCGGACCAGGCUAUAAUAGCCGGUUCCGAAGAAAGAGAUGAAGGAAUAAGGGAUUGGGCGGGUAAUAUCAUUUUCGGGACAAUGUGCGAGAUAGGAUCUACCAUGGCGUGGGCUUGAUGGGAAAUGCAUACAUGGCGUUCUUCAGGAUGGGACGGACAUUCAAUACAUACACUCAAGCGGAAUGGACUUGAGAGCGAUAUAUUUUUGUGCUUGAAACAAUCAGGGUUCUUAUUCUUAUGAAGCAUGCAUUACGCUAUUGAGUCUAUUGUCUUAUUUGCGAUGUUAUGAAACAAUAGGCCCAAGUUGGCUACCUUCAUCCUCACUUUUACAUGACUUUACAGGUAUCAUC